AUGGCGGCAAAAGUCUAUCCUCUGUGGAUCGCUGGAGGAGAAGUGACCACUUCAGCAGACCUCAUACCCAUUGAGAAUCCCGCAAAGGGCGAGAUCUUCGCGCAUUGCCAUGCGGCUACUGAUGCAGAUGUCGAGACGGCCGUUCGGACCGCUCACGAUGCCUUCAAAAGCGGCAUUUGGUCGCGAGCAGACAGGCACCAUCGAGCCGACGUCCUGGAAAGAAUUGCACAGCUGCUCACCGCAAAACUUCCAGAGUUGAUUGCUCUCGAAGUCGAGCAGACUGGACGUGCGAUUCGGGAAAUGAAUGCACAAGUGCCUUCUCUGAUCAAAUGGUUCAAGUACUACGCUGCCUUGAUAAGGACCGAGGAACGUCCAGUCCUGCCAACAUCUGGCAAGCUUCAUAACUGGAUCGAUAGAAGGCCACUUGGAGUUGUGGUGCAGAUCACGCCUUUCAAUCAUCCACUCUUGAUCGCUGUCAAAAAGAUCGCACCUGCGCUUGCGGCGGGUAACUCAGUGAUCCUCAAGCCUUCCGAACUGACUCCGCUGACUUCAAUCCUGCUUGGACCGCUAUUCGCUGAAGUCGGCCUGCCUCCCGGAGUAUUCAAUGUUCUGCCUGGCUAUGGGGCUACCACUGGCAAGGCUUUAGUGUCACACCCUCUCGUGAAGAAGGUGGAUGUUACAGGCGGCACACCGUCUGGUCGAGCGAUCGGCGCGAUCGCUGGUGCAAACCUGGCACAUUUCACAGCAGAGCUAGGUGGCAAAGCGCCAGUCAUUGUGACCAAGAAUGCCGAUAUCGAUCUUGCGGUCAACGGAGUCGCGUUUGGGUCGUUCAUUGCAAGUGGUCAAACUUGCAUCGCUGCCACUCGAAUUAUCGUGGAGAACAGUAUCAUGUCCGACUUUUUGCAGAAGUUGAGGAUCAAAUGCGAAUCGAUAGAGCGAAGGAUGGGCUCUCCAACGAAUGCUGCUUCAAUGAUGGGUCCCAUGAUAUCUCGGAGACAGCUUGGCAACGUUAUCGCCCUUGUCGACGAGGCAAAAGCAAAUGGUAUCACGAUACUGGCUGGAGGCGCAUUGCUUGAGGGUGUAUCGCAGCUCGAUGGCACCGAUUUCAGCAAAGGCUACUUUUACCCUCCCACAGUCCUCAUAGAUUCAACAUCGGCGAAAAUCACCGAACAAAGGAUUUGGCGUGACGAAGCGUUUGGGCCUGUGAUCGUUGUAGUAGGCGCCAGUAGUGAGGAUGAAGCUAUUCGACUUGCCAAUGACAGCGAAUUUGGACUUGGUGCUGCGGUAUGGACGAGCGACUUGUCUCAAGCCUAUCGCAUAUCUGACCAAAUCGAGUCUGGGAUCUGCUGGAUCAAUACACACCAUCGCAAUGACCCAAGCAGUCCCUGGGGAGGAAUCGGCAGCUCGGGCGUCGGGAGCGAGAAUGGCAUCGCAGAUGCGUACCACGCCUAUACCACUACAAAAAGUACGAUCAUCAACUAUGCGUCCACUGAAGAGAGCUUAGCCAAUGAUGACUGGUUUCGUGAAGGAGCAGCAACCGUCCGCUACGGAUGA